UUUGCAGAUUUCUUUUCGUCUGAUAAAGCGCGGUGUCUGUGCUUGUUCCAGCGACAACGGUUUCAAUGGGAACUCCGCCCCUAUUGGAGAGCCGUCUUCAUCCAAGGAAGCAUCAUUUAAUAUGAAUUUUCCAAGAAGAAACAUGAUCGUGCAAUUCACAUGCAAUUCCUGUGGUGAAAGAACACAGCGUAGGAUCAAUAGAGCUGCCUAUGAACGUGGAACUGUGUUUAUUCAGUGUGCAGGAUGCCUGCUGAAUCAUAAACUUGUGGACAAUCUUGGUCUUGUGGUUGAGUAUGAUCUUCGGGAAAAGCUUGAUACAGAUUUUGAUGGCCCUCAAUAGACAGGGCUGUAUCUGAUGGUGCUCCGGGCGAUCUCACUCUGAGGUGAUGAUUAUCCUCGACUUUCUCAUCUCUGCAACCUACACCUCUCUUGCCAUAGCUGCUGGACAGCCCUUUGUGGCUGUUCUUCCACAGUCCACUUUGUGCUGCUGCCUCCCAGGCCCAUCUCCCACUCCCUUGCUGCUGCCUACAACCCGCACCUACUGCUCCAGCCGCUAACUCUCCCUAGCCCUUAACCUUUCUCCCCUCACCAAUUUGCAUCCCAUCCGACAUCAGGUUUGCCACUGCCCUUUUCCAACCUUUCCACCCUUCAAGCUGAUCUCCAACUAACCCUCCUUCACCUGCUUGUCCAGUAGCACCUGCUGUUGCUGCAACCCACAGCAGGCCUCCAUCCACCGCAGAACCUUGCAGCCAACCAACCAACUGCUGUCCAGUUGGUGUUUGUUUCCUUUGUUUUCACCGUAGAAUGUCGUUGUGUUUGUUAUCAUUUAUGUCCUGUUUUCAGGACUCUUGGUUGUAACCCCUCUGAAUUUCAACAGUAAGAUUUGUAUUUCUUCGUGGUUUGGGUUAUCUCCGGUAUCACAAAACUAGCACCAUAGGCGCAUAUAUGAUAUGAAAAAUAUGAAAAUAAAGAUCUAUGUGGUAUACAACUUGAAAAGUGCUACAAAAUUGAUAAAAUUAUCUUCUCACAAAAUUAACAAGGCGUGAGAAUUUCUCACCAAAUUGGACCACUCUUUCUCGAAAGAAAACCAUAAGAAGAGAGGAAAACUUAUCU